GCAGCAGAUCCAGAUGAGACUGAUGUGAUUCCUGAGAGGAAAAACCAGAUCAGGCUGGUUCUGCUGGGGAAAACUGGAGUUGGGAAAAGCGCCACUGGAAACACCAUAAUUGGGAGAAACGUGUUCAAAUCCUCCAUCAGUUCAAACUCUGAAACUAAACAGUGCCAGUCAGAAACUGCAGUCAGGAUGGGUAAAGAGAUUGCAGUGACUGACACUCCUGGACUUUAUGAUAAUAAACUCAGUGAAGACACAAUUAUAACCGAAAUAGGUAAAUGCAUAACAUUAUCAUCUCCAGGACCACACGCUUUUAUUAUUGUCAUUAAAUUGGGUCGAUUCACUGAGGAGGAGAAAAACACAAUAAAAGAGCUGAAAGAAGUGUUUGGAGAACAGAUAGACAAAUAUUCCAUGAUCAUCUUCACCCAUAAAGAUCAGUUGGAGAAGAAAAAUAUGACCAUUGAGCA